UGUUUGUGUCAUUCAGCAAAGGCUUUAUUGAAGAAAAAGAAAAACAUUGCGACGUCAAAGGAAAAACAAUGGCGGCUAACGGGCAGCAGUCGUCUCGAACUCAAACAAGACGGAGAAAUCGAAGCAAAAACAUAUUGCAUAAGAUCAAAUAUGGGCAGAUAACAGGCUUGGGGAUGACCCAUGGCACACAGAUCCCAGUGGGUCUUCUUGAGGAGAGAGAUAAGAAAGCUCGAUGGCAGGGAAUACCACUGCUGCUGAGGAAACUUCACAACAGCAGCCACAUAAACAGUGAUCUUUCCAAAAGCCACAAUGUGGUUAAGGAGCUGUCGUCACUGCUGUCCAUGGAGGCGAUGUCCUUCGUGACAGAAGACAGAAAGACACCGCAGGAGUCUGUGUCUCCUAACACUUACACCUUUGACCUUUUUGGAGGAGUUGAUUUGUUUAUAGAGAUUUUGAUGCGGCCCACUCUCUCAAUACAGGGGAAUGUUCCCAUUAUGGGUGAUGAUCUCAUCAAGGACUGUUUAAGUGUUCUUUACAACUGCUGUAUUUGUACAGAGGGUGUUACAAAAAGUCUUGCAGCAAGGGACGACUUUGUCAUGUUUCUUUUCACUUUAAUGUCAAACAAAAAGACUUUCCUACAAACUGCCACACUUAUAGAAGACAUAAUGGGGGUCAGAAAGGAGGUGAUCCGACUGGAGGAAAUUCCCAACCUGGGCAGUCUGGUGCAGAGCUUUAACCAGCAGCAGCUGGCCAACUUCUGCCGUAUCCUGUCUGUCACUAUAUCGGAGCCGGAUGCAGGCAUGGAUGACAAACACACCCUUUUGGCCCGCAACGCUCAACAGAAGAUAACUGCAUCUCCGUCACGUGCAGAGAGCAACCAAGUUGCUCUACUAAAUAUCCCGGGCUUCAUUGAGCGACUGUGCAAACUGGCUACACGGAAGGUGUCGGAAGCUUCAGGCACGGCUGCACUGCUGCAGGAGCUGGAGGACUGGCACAGCUGGCUGGACAACGCCCUGGUGCUGGAUGCUCUCAUGCAGAUGGCCAUCGAGGAGGCUGAGCAGAGCAGCACAGAGUCAUCUGAUGAAGGCUCACUUUCAUCAAGUCCUCUUAGGCACACGUUGCCUCAGUCCAUGAAGAUUGUGCAUGAGAUCAUGUACAAAGUGGAGGUUCUCUACGUGCUGUGUGUACUGCUCAUGGGCCGACAGAGAAAUCAGGUUCACAGGAUGCUAGCAGAGUUCCGAUUGAUUCCUGGCCUGAACAACUUGUUUGACAAACUGAUCUGGAGGAGACAUCCAUCUAGUCAUGUCUUACACAGACAGAACCAGAAUUGUGACUGCAGUCCAGAGAUCUCAUUCAAGAUCCAGUUCCUCAGGCUGCUACAGAGCUUCAGUGACCACCAUGAGAACAAGUAUCUUCUCCUGAAUGGGCAGGAGCUAAAUGAGCUCAGUGCCAUCUCUCUGAAAGCAAAUAUUCCUGAAGUGGAAGCGUUGGUCAACACAGACAGGAAUCUAGCAUGUGAUGGGAAAAAGGGCCUCCUGACACGACUGAUUUCAGUCAUGAAGAAAGAGCCAGUCGAUUCAUCGUUCAGGUUCUGGCAGGCUAGAGCAGUAGAGAGUUUUCUAAGAGGAGCCACAUCCUAUGCAGACCAGAUGUUCCUGCUGAAAAGGGGCUUGUUGGAGCACAUUCUCUUCUGCAUCAUUGACAGUGGCUGUAAAUCACGUGAUGUCCUUCAGAGCUAUUUUGAUCUGCUAGGUGAACUCAUGAAGUUCAACAUUGACGCCUUCAAGAGAUUUAACAAAUAUGUGAACACAGAAGAAAAGUUUGAGACGUUUCUGAACCAGAUCAACAGCUCACUCGUGGACUCCAACAUGCUGGUACGCUGCAUUGUUCUGUCCCUGGACCGCUUUGAAGGACAGACGGAGGACAUGAAAGUGAUAGAGGUGCUGUCAGAGUGCCGUCUGUUGUCCUACAUGGCUCAAGUCGAGAAUAGACUCUCCUUCCUCUUCAGGCUGAUCAACAUCAUCAAUGUGCAGACUCUAACUCAGGAGAAUGUGAGCUGCCUGAACACAAGUUUGGUAGUGCUGAUGCUGGCACGGUGGCGGGGCAAGCUGCCAUUCUACCUAAGAGCUCUUAAGGAGAAGGAGUAUGCUGAGAAAUACCCAGGCUGCUUGCUCAACAACUUCCACCACCUACUGCGCUUCUGGCAACAUCACUACCUCAACAAAGACAAGGACAGUACCUGUUUGGAGAAUAGUUCCUGUAUUCCUUUCACCUACUGGAAGGAGACGGUGACGGUGUUGCUGAGUUCAGAUAGGAGCUCCCUCUGUGCCAUAGCCACCUACAUAGAUGAGGCCUACAGGGAUCUGGACAGAGACUUUCUGGAGAUGUGAUCAUGGUGACUGUGUGGCUAUGGAAGCAAAAGAAGGUUUUUAAUGAGCUGCUGUCGCGCACUUCUAUAGAGAUGCAUGCAGGGCUCAUUAAACAGGACUGCUAUACUGGGUGUAUGUAUGAGAGAGAGUGAAAGAGUGAGUGAGUGUGCUUGGGAAAGUGUGGAAUGGAUGUGCAUAUGUUUUUACAAGUGUGUUUGGGUGUACUGCUUCUAAUGAACCAGUGAUUCUAAAUCUUAGGGGUGUGUGUGUGUGUGUGUGUGUGUGUGUGUGUGUGUGUGUGUGUGUGUGUGUGUGCUAGCACGCAUGUGUGUUGCAGUAGACUCUGGAUGUUGUUGUCCAGGUCUAAAGAGGCACACUUAUUUCAGCUGUAGUCUAAGGGCUGUCUCUCCUUUUUAGAUAUAUGGGAAUGUUGUAACCUGAAUAAAAAACAUGGAAAUGCCCGUGAAAAGAGCCUAUUUCAUCAGCAAAAAAAAUUACAAAAUUCAGGGGCAAUGCAAUUUAAUCUUGGUGGUUUGCUUCGUUUAAAUACUGCCUCUAUAUUUAUGGAUAAUGUGUAGCUCAGUCUUGAACUCAAAUUCUAACUUUUCAGCCCAAUGACAGGACAGUAACUGAAAAUAAAGAUGUAACAUGUUUUAUCACAACUAUGUCUUAUGAUUACAUAAACAUUAUUGUUCCCAAA